GCGGGGUACCCUCGUGGACUACCCUGCCCACAGGCCCCUCCUCCUGCCAGACUCGCCGCCCUUUGCACGGUCCCGGGAGAGGCGGGGCGGCGGUGACUGAAGCGAAGUGCAGGAAGCCAGGCGGCGGCAGCCAGUGAGGAGGAGGAGGAGCGAGCAGACUUGGGUGGGUCAGCGCCGCGGAGGCCAGAGCCGCAGACUUCCCCAGUAGUACCGCGCCGCUCCGCCCCCGGAGUGACGCCCUCCGCCCAUGGGCCUGGCCGAAGGCAGCCGGCGGGCGGCGCGGAGGAGGCGGCGACAGGUGGCGCGCAGCAGGGCCGGAGCCGGGCCCGGCCAUGGCCGCCUCAGAGCGGCUCUACGAGUUGUGGCUGCUCUACUACGCGCAGAAGGACCUGGGUUACCUGCAGCAGUGGCUGAAGGCCUUCGUAGGUACCUUCAAGAAGAGCAUCGCACUGUCCUCUCUGGAGCCAAGAAGGCCGGAGGAGGCAGGUGCAGAGGUCCCGCUGCUGCCCCUGGAUGCGCUGCAUGUGCUGGCCGAGCAGCUGCACCCAGAGGACCUGGAGCAAGCCCUGCUGCUGCUCAAGCUCUUCGUCAUUCUCUGCAGAAACCUGGAGAACAUAGAGGCAGACCGGGGCCAGUUGCUAGCACCGCGGGUGCUGGCACUGUUGACCAAGUUGGUGGCAGAGCUGAAAGGAUGCCCGCCACCCCAGGGCCGAGGGGCCCAGCUGGAGAACGUGGCCCUACAUGCUCUGCUUCUCUGUGAGGGCCUCUUUGACCCUUACCAGACCUGGCGGCGCCAGCGCAGUGGGGAAGUCAUCAGCUCCAAGGAGAAGAGCAAAUACAAGUUCCCUCCUGCUGCUUUGCCCCAGGAAUUCAGAGCCUUCUUCCAAGAGAGCCUACAGAAUGCAGACCGUUUGCCUCCCGUAUUGCUGCUGCGCCUCAUCCACCUCUUCUGCGCCGUCCUCGCAGGAGGAAAGGAGAACGGACAGAUGGCUGUGAGUGACGGCUCUGUGCAGGGCCUGCUGAGUGUGGUGCGGGGCUGGGGCCGUGGGCCAGCCCAGGAUCCCCACCUAGUGUCGCUGGCGCUGGAGGCACUGGUGGGUGCAGUCCAUGUCCUGCAUGCCAGCCGUGCCCCUCCCCGCGGCCCUGAGCUUCGUGCCCUGCUUGAGAGCUACUUCCAUGUCCUUAAUGCUGACUGGCCAGCUGGUGUGAGCUCAGGCCGGGAAGAGGCCCUUGUCACCCUCCGGGUCAGCAUGCUCGACGCCAUCCCCACGAUGCUGGCAUGUGAAGACCGGCCAGUGCUGCAAGCCACCUUCCUCAGCAACAAUUGCUUUGAACAUCUCACUCGCCUCAUCCAGAACAGCAAGCUAUACCUGCAGGCCCGGGCGCCCCCUGAGGGGGACAGUGACCUGGCUACCCGGUUACUGACUGAGCCCGAUGUCCAGAAGGUCCUGGACCAAGACACAGACGCCAUUGCAGUCCAUGUAGUCAGAGUGCUGACCUGCAUCAUGAGUGGCUCCCCCUCGGCCAAGGAGGUGUUUAAGGAACGCAUCGGCUACCCUCACCUGCAGGAAGUUCUGCAGAGUCAUGGUCCCCCCACCCAUCGGCUGUUGCAAGAGCUGCUCAACAUGGCAGUGGAGGGUGACCACAGCAUGUGCCCACCUCCACCAAUCUGCAACGAGCAGCCGGUACUGGUACUGGUGCAGUGGCUGCCGUCAUUGCCCACCGCUGAGCUGCGGCUCUUCCUAGCACAACGCCUCAGGUGGCUCUGUGACAGCUGCCCUGCCAGCCGUGCCACCUGUGUGCAGGCAGGCCUGGUGGGGUGCCUGUUGGAGACACUAAGCACAGGGCUAGCCCUGGGGGCCCGCUGCCAAGAGCAGCUGCUGGCACUGCUACAAGCACUGGGCCGUGUGUCACUAAGGCCCAUGGAGCUGCGUCACCUGCUGCGCCCCCCACCAGGAUUGGACUCGGAACCAGGCGGAGCUGAGGCUGGAAAGGCCCGGCACGCAGGUGCUGUCAUCCGCGCAUUAUCGGGCAUGGCCAGGCACCAGGGUCCUGCACGCGCUCUGCGCUACUUUGAUCUCAAGCCCAGCAUGGCGGGCAUCAUGGUACCCCCUGUGCAGCGAUGGCCAGGGCCUGGCUUCACGUUUCAUGCCUGGCUCUGUCUGCACCCUAUGGAUGCAGCACCUACCCCUGCCCCAACCCGACCACUCCAGCGAAAGCAGCUGUACAGCUUCUUCACCAGCAGCGGCUCAGGGUUUGAGGCCUUCUUCACGGCAGCUGGGACCCUGGUGGUGGCUGUGUGCACACGGAAGGAGUACUUGACCAUGAGUCUGCCCGAAGUGUCCUUUGCCGACUCUGCCUGGCACUGCGUGGCUAUCAUCCAUGUGCCUGGGCGCCGGCCCUUCAGCCAGAACCUGGUCCAUGUCUACAAAGAUGGCCGUCUGGUCAAGACGGCACCCCUUCGCUGCCCCUCCCUCAGUGAGCCUUUCUCCUCCUGCUGUAUCGGCUCUGCUGGGCACCGCACAACAACCACCACCACAGGGCUGCCCACACCACCAGUCCCUGCCACCCUGGCCUACAGUCACCCCGCCCUCACCCGCUCCCAGUCAGUCCCAGCCUCCACGGGGCUUGGCUGGGGGUCCGGGCUGGUGGCCCCCCUGCAGGAGGGCAGCAUCAACUCUACCCUCGCAGGCACCCAGGACACUCGGUGGGGCAGCCCCACCUCCCUGGAGGGUGAGCUGGGGGCUGUGGCCAUCUUCCAUGAAGCCCUGCAGGCAGCAGCUGUGCGGACCCUAUGCACCCUGGGGCCCAAUGAGAUGGCACCCUUCAAGCCUGAGGGGGAGCUACAUGAGCUCAGCACCAAGCUGCUCCUCCAUUACUCGCCUCAGGCUUGUAAGAACAACAUCUGCCUGGACCUGUCCCCCAGCCAUGGGCUCGAUGGCCGCCUGACGGGCCACAGAGUGGAGACCUGGGCUGUGAAGGAUGUGGUGAACUGUGUAGGGGGUAUGGGUUCCCUGCUGCCCCUGCUGGAGCGAGUGGCUGCACAGCCCCAAGAGGCUGAGGCAGGUCCAGCUGAAACUCAUGACCUUGUGGGUCCUGAACUAACCUCUGGCCACAACACCCAGGGCCUGCUUCUCCCACUGGGUAAAUCUUCAGAGGAACGGAUGGAGAGGAACGCAGUGGCUGCCUUUCUGCUGAUGCUGCGGAACUUCCUUCAGGGCCAUGUGGUGAACCAGGAGAGCCUGGUGCAGUGCCAGGGGGCUGCCAUCAUUGGGGCCCUCCUGCGAAAGGUCCCCAGCUGGGCCAUGGACAUGAAUGUGCUCAUGUCUGCCCAGCUGCUGAUGGAGCAGGUGGCUGCAGAGGGCAGUGGGCCCCUCCUGUACCUGCUUUACCAGCAUCUGCUCUUCAACUUUCACCUCUGGACCCUCAGCGACUUUGCUGUGCGCCUCGGCCACAUCCAGUACAUGUCCAGCAUAGUUCGGGAGCACAGACAGAAGCUGCGGAAGAAGUACGGCGUCCAGUUUAUCUUAGAUGCUCUGCGCACCCACUAUAGCCUGCAGCGGGAGCGCCCCCUGGCUGCUGACGACCUGCGCACUGUGCAGACCUCCCUCCUGGGACUGGCGAGGGAGUUCCUGGUGCGGAGCCUCUCAGCCGAUGACAUGCAGGUCAUGCAGAUCCUGCUGAGCUUUUUGGUGGCCACGGGCGAUGAUGGCCAGGUGGUGGGUGCACUGGACUUGCUGCUGGCCCUGCUGCAGGGCUCCCUGGCACAGGAGUCCUUGGCUAUCUUUCUGUUGGAGCCAGGGAACCUCGAAGUGCUGCUGGCCCUGCUGGUGAGGCCAGGGUCACUGCCCCUGCUGCCCGACCGAGUCUGCAAGAUCCUGCACAGACUGCAGCAGAACGAGAGGCUACCUGAGCGGAGCCGCCAGCGCCUUCGGCUGCGGGAGUGUGGUCUCCAGGGUCUAGUUGCCUGCUUGUCCGAGGGGACUGUUUCCCCCCAGCUCUGCCAGGGCCUCUACAAGCUGUUCCUGGGGGCAGAUUGCCUGAACCUCUCAGAUCUGCUGGCUGUGGUACAGCUGUCCCUCCAAGCUGACCUCGGCGUUCGCCUAUACAUCUGUCGCCAGCUCUUCCACCUCAUCUACGGACAGCCAGAUGCAGUGCGGCUUCUGGCGCAACAGGCUGGCUGGCAAGAUGUGCUGACCCGGCUGUAUGUCCUGGAGGCUGCCACGGCUGGCAGUCCCGCUCCUGCUUCCCCAGAGCCACCCACCUCCCCUGAGCCAGCCCCACCCAAGCUGCCCACUGAGUUACCUGCUGAGCCUUCUGAUGUCUUCCUGCCCUCGGAGGCCCCCUGCCCUGACCCUGACGGCUUUUACCAUGCUCUCUCCCCAUUCUGCAUGCCCUUUGACCUGGGCCUGGAACGGGCUAGUGUAGGCUCAGGCAACACUACUGGUGGCGGCAGCAGUGGGACUCUUACUCCAGCCAGCCAGCCGGGCACUCCUUCCCCACUGGAUGGGCCACGGCCCUUUCCUGCUGCCCCUGGCCGCCACAGCUCUAGCCUCUCCAAUGUGCUGGAGGACGGCAGCCUCCCAGAGCCCAUCAUUAGCGGGGAUGAUAGCUCCAACACCAGCAACCCACAGCAAACCUCUGAGGAAGAGUUGUGCAACCUGCUCACCAAUGUGCUGUUCUCAGUGACGUGGCGAGGCGUGGAAGGCAGCGAUGAGGCUGCCUGGCGGGAGCGUGGCCAGGUUUUCUCGGUGCUCACCCAGCUGGGGGCCUCAGCCACACUUGUGCGCCCACCAGACUGCAUCAAGCGCAGCCUCCUGGAGAUGAUGCUGGAGUCAGCCCUGACCGACAUCAAGGAGGCCCCUGUCGGGGUCCUGGCCAGCCUCACCCAGCAGGCGCUUUGGCUGCUGCGUCUGCUGCAGGACUUUCUGUGUGCUGAAGGCCAUGGUAACCAGGAGCUGUGGAGUGAGAAGCUCUUUGAAGGUGUAUGCAGCCUGCUUGAUCGCCUGGAAGCCUGGCCCCACCUGGCCAAUGGCACAGCUGAUCUCCGUGAGAUGGCACAGAUUGGCCUGCGGCUUGUACUUGGCUACAUCCUGCUGGAAGACCCACAGCUGCAUGCCCAGGCCUAUGUGAAAUUGCACAUGCUGCUACAGACUGUAGUGCCAGCCCGCCGCGAGGAGGCCUGCUACGUUCUUUCCAAGCUGGAGGCUGCGCUGGGGCGGGCACUGAACACCUCUUCCUCUGAGUCAGCCACUGAUGAGGCAGGGCCCCCACCUGCAGCUGCAGCAGCUACAGAGCGCUGCUCCUGGCUGGUACCGCUGGUGCGCACACUGCUAGACCGUGCGUAUGAGCCGCUGGGGCUGCAGUGGGGACUGCCCUCCCUGCCACCCACCAACGGCAGCCCCACCUUCUUUGAAGACUUCCAGGCUUUUUGUGCCACACCCGAAUGGCGCCACUUCAUCGAUAAACAGGUACAGCCAACCAUGUCCCAGUUCGAAAUGGAUACGUAUGCUAAGAGCCACGACCUUAUGUCCGGCUUCUGGAAUGCCUGCUAUGACAUGCUCAUGAGCAGUGGGCAGCGGCGCCAGAGGGAGCGUGCCCAGAGUCGUCGGGCCUUCCAGGAGCUGGUGCUGGAAUCUGCGCAGAGGCGGGCACGUCUGGAGGGGCUGCGCUACUCCGCAGCGCUGAAGCAGCGGGCAGCGCAGCACUCCACAGCCCUGCUGCACUGGAGGGCUUUGUGGCGCCAGCUCUCCAGCCCCUGCGGGGCCUGGGCGUUGAGAGACCCUCCCACCCCCCACUGGAAACUGUCCAGCGCUGAGACAUAUUCACGCAUGCGUCUGAAGCUGGUGCCAAACCAUCAUUUCGACCCUCACCUGGAAGCCAGCGCCCUCCGCGACAACCUGGGUGAGGUCCCCCUGACACCCACCGAAGAGGCCUCGCUGCCUCUGGCAGUGACCAAAGAGGCCAAAGUGAGCACCCCACCCGAAGAGCUGCAGGAGGACCAGCUUGGUGAGGAGGAGCUGGCUGCACUGGAGACCCCGAUGGAGGCAGCAGAACUGGAUGAGCAGCGUGAGAAGCUGGUGCUGUCAGCUGAGUGCCAGCUGGUGACAGUUGUGUCGGUGGUCCCAGGGCUGCUGGAGAUCACCACACAGAAUGUGUACUUCUACGAUGGCAGCCAUGAGCGUGUGGAGACUGAGGAGGGCAUUGGCUAUGAUUUCCGGCGCCCACUGGCCCAGUUGCGUGAGGUCCACCUGCGGCGUUUCAACUUGCGCCGUUCAGCACUUGAGCUCUUCUUUAUCGAUCAGGCCAACUACUUCCUCAACUUCCCAUGCAAGGUGGGCACAACCCCAGCCUCAUCUCCGAGCCAGGCAUCCAGGCCCCAGCCCGGCCCCAUCCCACCCCACACCCAGGUACGGAACCAGGUGUACUCGUGGCUCCUGCACCUGCGGCCCCACUCUCAAGGCUACCUAAGCAGCCGCUCCCCCCAGGAGAUGCUGCGUGCCUCAGGCCUUACCCAGAAAUGGGUACAGCGUGAGAUAUCCAACUUCGAGUACUUGAUGCAACUCAACACCAUUGCGGGACGGACCUACAAUGACCUGUCUCAGUACCCUGUGUUCCCCUGGGUCCUACAGGACUACGUGUCCCCAACCCUGGACCUCAGCAACCCAGCCGUCUUCCGGGACCUGUCUAAGCCCAUCGGUGUGGUGAACCCCAAGCAUGCCCAGCUCGUGAGGGAGAAGUAUGAAAGCUUUGAGGACCCUGCGGGCACCAUUGACAAGUUCCACUAUGGCACCCACUACUCCAAUGCAGCAGGCGUGAUGCACUACCUCAUCCGUGUGGAGCCCUUCACCUCCCUGCAUGUCCAGCUGCAGAGUGGCCGCUUUGACUGCUCUGACCGGCAGUUCCACUCGGUGGCGGCAGCCUGGCAGGCACGCUUGGAGAGCCCUGCUGAUGUAAAGGAGCUCAUCCCAGAGUUCUUCUACUUUCCUGACUUCUUGGAGAACCAGAACGGUUUUGACCUGGGCUGCCUCCAGCUGACCAACGAGAAAGUGGGUGAUGUGGUGCUGCCCCCAUGGGCCAGCUCUCCUGAGGACUUCAUUCAGCAGCACCGCCAGGCUUUGGAGUCGGAGUAUGUGUCUGCACACCUGCACGAGUGGAUCGACCUCAUCUUUGGAUACAAGCAGCGGGGACCAGCUGCCGAGGAGGCCCUCAAUGUCUUCUAUUACUGCACCUAUGAGGGGGCCGUAGACCUGGACCAUGUGACAGAUGAGCGGGAACGGAAGGCUCUAGAGGGCAUUAUCAGCAACUUUGGGCAGACUCCCUGUCAGCUGCUGAAGGAGCCACAUCCAACUCGGCUUUCAGCUGAGGAAGCAGCCCUUCGCCUUGCACGCCUGGACACUAACUCACCUAGCAUCUUCCAGCACUUGGACCAACUCAAGGCAUUCUUCGCAGAGGUCAUCAGUGAUGGCGUACCCCUGGUGCUAGCCCUGGUCCCCCACCGGCAGCCCCACUCCUUCAUCACCCAGGGCUCCCCAGACCUGUUGGUGACCGUGAGUGCCAAUGGGCUGCUGGGCACCCACAGCUGGUUGCCCUAUGACCGCAACAUAAGCAACUACUUCAGCUUCAGCAAAGACCCUGCCAUGGGCAGCCACAAGACACAGCGAAUGCUGAGUGGCCCGUGGGCACCAGGCAGUGGUGUGAGUGGACAAGCACUGGCAGUGGCCCCCGAUGGAAAGCUGCUAUUCAGCGGUGGCCACUGGGAUGGCAGCCUGAGAGUGACUGCACUGUCCCGUGGCAAGCUGUUGAGCCAGCUCAGCCGCCACCUUGAUGUAGUAACCUGCCUUGCACUGGACACCUGUGGCAUCUACCUCAUCUCAGGCUCCCGGGACACCACAUGCAUGGUGUGGCGGCUCCUGCAUCAGGGUGGUCUGUCAGUAGGGCUGGCACCAAAGCCUGUGCAGGUCCUGUAUGGACAUGGGGCUGCAGUGAGCUGUGUGGCCAUCAGCACUGAACUUGACAUGGCUGUGUCUGGAUCUGAGGAUGGAACUGUGAUCAUACAUACUGUACGCCGUGGCCAGUUUGUGGCAGCAUUACAGCCUCCGGGUGCCACAUUCUCUGGACCUGUUUCUUACCUGGCACUGGGGUCUGAAGGCCAGAUUGUGGUACAGAGCUCAGCGUGGGAACGUCCUGGGGCCCAGGUCACCUACUCCUUGCACUUAUAUUCGGUCAAUGGGAAGUUGCGGGCUUCACUGCCCCUGGCAGAGCAGCCUACAGCCCUGAUGGUGACAGAGGACUUUGUGUUGCUGGGCACCGCCCAGUGUACCCUGCACAUCCUUCAGUUAAACACACUGCUCCCGGCCGCGCCUCCCCUGACCAUGAAGGUGGCUAUCCGCAGCGUGGCCGUGACCAAGGAGCGCAGCCACGUACUAGUGGGCCUGGAGGACGGCAAGCUCAUCGUGGUGGGCGCGGGGCAGCCCUCGGAGGUGCGCAGUAGCCAGUUCGCGCGGAAGCUGUGGCGGUCCUCGCGGCGCAUCUCCCAAGUGUCCUCUGGAGAGACGGAAUACAACCCUACCGAGGGGCGCUGAGCCCGGCCCUUCCGGCUGCUCGGGUCCCGCACCCAGCGGGCUUUGCCUGGGAGGCCCCGCCCAGAAGUCAGGGGGAACGCCCCGGGGUGGGCCGCUCAGGGGGUAGGCGGGGCCCACCCCUGCCCAGCUCAGGGAUUGGCGGGAGAUGUCACUCCCUCAGGGAUUGGCGGGCGGAAGUCCCGCCCCUCGCCGGCUGAGGGGGCCACCCUGAGAGCCCGCGCUGGCUACCGCGGCCGCAGCGGCACUUUUUGCACACUCUGGGGCGGGGUUCCCCAGUUUCCAAGUCCCCGUUUCGUCAGAGCACGAGGGCCGCCUGUGGCCUUAAUUCCUGACGGCGGCCCCGGUUCUCCCUUCUCGGCAAUAAACCUGGCCUAGUUUUGUA